AUGCGUGAAAAAAGUUCACUUGCGCGAAUGACAGAAUACCUGAAGGGAUCUAGUCGAUUUGUCUGUCUGAAUGUUAAAAUAGACCUUGGACUAGCCUCAUUGUUUGAGCGGGAAAGCUCCUCAGUAAAAAAACGGGCAAAAUGGAUCCAGCCAAAUUGCGGAAUUUCAGAGUUGGUAGGGCUUUUAGAGCUAUGGGAAUCGCAACGAUUGUGUCUACUGCGAGAUUGCAACUGCCAGGAAAUUCUACCAUUGGAAUGGAAUGUUUUAUUAAAUUCUGGAAUAUUAAAAACUGUCAAUAAAGAUGGAAGUCUUGUCGAUCUGCAAGACUAA